UCACACACUUUCAAUUUAAAAAAUUUGAUUCCCAUUUUCCCUCUUCCAAUUAUGGAAGCCUCCACCAUGAUCGACCAUGAUUCCAAUCACAAGAGACCCUUCGCACACGACCCUUCUUCUUCUCUCAACAUGAAACUUAGAAUUAUAUCAUCGGCCUCCGUCAAUUUUAAAAACUUCGAUGUCCCUCUCCUUUCCUCCACACAAAACGCCACCGUUUCGCGCUGCGACUCCAUGCACCUUCGCGCGGAUCAGCCGUACUCGAUCGGGCGCCGACCCCGCUACUGCGAGUUCGUCUUCCUCGACCGGCGCGUGAGCAAGCGCCACUGCCAAGUCCUCUUCGACGCUUCCCUCCGCAAACUCUACAUCCUCAACGGCGUUCUUCUGCACACCCACCACGACUCCACCGCCGCCACGUGUCGCCUCCUCGUUCACGAGUUCAGAAAAAGGGCGAUGAUGUCAUUUCACGGCAACGGUGUCGCGCUUCGAGAAGCUUCCAACGGGGUUUUCGUGAACGGCGUCGAGAUUCAAAAGGGAAAAGCGGUUGAGUUAUCGGUUGGAGAUAGGGUUUCGCUGGUUUGUGGGAACGAGAACGGUUCUUGCGGGAUUGGGAACGGAAUUGGGUUUGUUGUUGAGAGAAUUGAUUUUGAAGGGUGUGGUGAUGAAAUUGAUGGGUUAAAAACAUUCUCCGGACACUCGCAGAGUGGGAAGAGGAAUAAGAGGGUUUUUGCUGUGAAGGCUAAUGAUUCGAGGUAUGAGGGUGUUGUUGGGAGAGCAAGGUUUCUUCAAGAUUGGUGCAGAGAUAUAUUGCUUAGUAAUGACCCUGUGUUGCGCAUUCUGCACGAUCAAUCUAAGUGUGCCCCUGGUAAUGCUGAAGUGCAAUCAAGUUUGGAAUUGAUUGGUGAAAGUAAAGUGAAGAAUUUGGACGCAAAAGUGAGAGUUGAUGUUGCUGACGAGGUUCCUAAUGAGGUGAAAGUGUUAGAUUCUGUAGGGAAGGAUAAUUGUAAUCCUUCUCCUUCUGUCGGUGGUGAUUGGCAGGGAAAGUGUGGUGGUGGCAGCUAUUAUCCGCCACCUGGCAAGAAGUUUUAUCUUAAUCGCCUUGAAUUUAUGGACCGCGACUCCUUGACGUGUCAUCUGUCGAUAUCCCUCCCCGAACUUAUUCAUCCUGUGGAAAGUGUUUCGAGGAUGUUUAUUGCAACGUUUACAAGUGACAUAAAAUGGUUCUUGACAUAUUGCAAGGUUCCUUUUCAUCUACCAGUUACAAUUGCAUGCCACAAUACUGAGAGAUGUUGGAGUUCAAAACCUGAUGAAAGAGUAUUUGUGCCUUACCGGGAUUAUCCUAACCUAGUUGUCGUGUGUCCUCAAUUCCCUGAAACCAUAGCAUUUGGUAACAACCGCAAGAGACAGGGGAUUGCUUGCCAUCAUCCAAAGUUGAUUGUUUUGCAAAGGAAAGAUAGUAUUCGAAUUGUUAUUACGUCUGCUAAUUUGGUGGAAAAACAGUGGAACAGUGUGACUAACACUAUAUGGUGGCAAGAUUUCCCCCAUGCCCCUUCUGUUGAUUUUGCAUCACUUUUCCCAAAAAUUGGCGAUGUUGACAUUCAUCAAGGCUCAAAAUGUGACUUUGCUGCUACGUUGGCUGGGUUUAUGGCAUCUCUUGUUAUUGAUGUACCCAGCCAGGCUCACUGGAUUACUCAGCUGACAAAAUAUGACUUUGGAGGUGCAACAGGACAUCUUGUUGCUUCUGUACCUGGAAUUCACUUUUAUAGAACUUCAGUUCUGUCAGAAUCUUUUGAGGCUUCUCCUGUAAGUACUCAAUUUCUUGGUUCAGUUGUGGCAUCUGUGGUUGGUUUGAGGCAUCUUUUCCGCACUGUGGCAGACUCAAAUAGUGCAAGACUAAAAGCACUGGCUUCUUUCCUCGGAAAGUCUUGUAAGAAUGUUUAUGGGAAGUUGGAGAUUGUUUUAAGAAGAAAUCCCAUUGUGUCUGUUGAUGAAAAUGCUGUUUGUGUUCUUGUUCCCAACCCAGAUCAAACUUUUCAGGGAGAUUGUAUUCAACUUGGUUUUCUGUCUAGAAAUGUAGCAAAAUGGGUUUCUCCUCUUUGGGAUUGUGGAUUCUUCAAGUUUUCUGGAUAUGUUUGUCCAAAAGAGGUGCUUGCAGCUGCCUUAGGAGAAAGCUGCAAUAAAGUACAACUAAUACUAAAUGUGUCAGAGGGGCAUCGUUUUAAAGAUAUGUCAAAGAUGAUGCAACCCGAACAAAUUGUGGCGUUUUGCUCACUCAUUGCUUCAAUUCAAAGAUGUUAUGGCCUUUGGAGAUUACAAGAGGUUCUAAAUCGAUACAGAUGGCCUGAAUCAUUGAAGUCUGAAAUUAUAUACAGUGCAUCUUCUAUUGGUUCAUCCAUCAAUUCAAAAUUUCUUGCUGAUUUUUCAUCUGCUGUUGGGAAGAAAUCAUUGCAACAUUUUGAUUCAGAAGAGUCUGAUCCCGAAUGGGGCUGCUGGAAUGCUAGCGAAGAACUGAAGAAUCCUUCUGUUAGGAUUAUAUUCCCCACUAUUGAAAGAGUGAAGAAUGCUUAUAAUGGGAUUUUGCCUUCAAGAUAUAUUCUUUGCUUCACAGAGAAAACAUGGCAAAGGUUGAAGACUUCAAAUAUACUUCAUGAUGCCAUCCCUCAUCCACAUGAAAGAAUAGGUCAUCCAAUGCAUAUCAAGGUGAUGCGUAGAUGCUUCUGGUCUGGGAGGGAUGCACCUUCCGUUGGUUGGGUAUACUCCGGGUCUCAUAAUUUUAGUGCUGCUGCCUGGGGGCGACAAAUUUCAAAUCCAUUUAGGACAAAGGCUGAUAGACCUAAAAAAGAGGAUCCUUCUGUGAAUUAUGGGCUUCAUAUUUGCAAUUAUGAGCUUGGGAUUAUAUUUACUUUUCCUCCUACAGAAAAUAAUGGUUGUCUUGAAGUAAAGAGCACAAAAUUAGAUGAUAUAAUUCUUCCGUUUGUUGUGCCUGCUCCUAAAUAUAGAUCUAGUGAUCGGCCAGCUACAAAGCAGGCUAUGAGGGAGGUUAUGGUUGAACUUGCUGAGCGAGAGAAGGAGAAACAUACAGAAGAAGAAAUGAUGGAUGAGCUUGAUGAUGAAGAGGAAUAUGUUGAGCUUCCAGAAGAACUGGAAGCAACCAAUUAUGUUGAACAGGAGAAUGAAGAUGAGAAAGCAUAUGCUGAUAUACUCUGGAGUCAGGUUGAUCUGUCACAGAGCAGUUGAACUUCUGCAAGGAGCAACAUUAGGAGCAGGAAUAAGUGAUUAUGGAGCUGUCAAUAGGACUAUUUUAUACUCGAUUGUUCAGGUAAAAAGUAGAUUGCAAAAGCAUGUGGACUGUAUUUGUGUUAGGGUACUUGUGUAAAUCUGGCGUCAGGUCAUACAAUGCAGGUAUCACUUGGAAAUUAAACAGAAAUAGUUGCAAAUAUACAACUUGCCAGGAUGUGAAGACUUAUCCUGAGAUAUUAGGAUUAAAGAGUGAAGCAGUUGACUUUUCCUGAGAAAGUGAUUAGGAGCACUCAUCCAAGGUUGAUUUACAUUUGGAGCAGAAAGUGGUAUUUCAGACCUCUUGUGGUUCAGCCUAUUUUAGACUUGGUGGAUUACUGAUACCAUUCUAUAGCCUCGGGUAUCCUAGUUGCUUGGGUUCCACCUCAAUGCGGUUUUCUUAAUGAAAGAUAUUAGGAAGGUAGAUUGAAGGACCUACUGUAGCAUUUUCCCAUCGUUUAAGGAUUCAAUUAAAGGAUUUGAAAGUGGUGGCUACACAUCAUGCAAUAGCUGCAGCAGUGAACUGUGCAAUAACCCCAAGAAGAUACAAGGUGUAGGACUUAUCAUAAUUAGAUGAUGAAAAUUAUGUAAAUUCUAGGUUAUGUGGGUUUGUCAGCGUGUAACAUCCUUUUCUGUUAAGAUCUUGAUACUUUGGAAAUGUGCAAUUCGACAAGAGGCUGUUGGUCCGGCUGUUAAAUGGAUUCCAGGUCGGCCUUAAGGUUCCCAAUAUGAAUAGACCAAUGGCAGCAAUACCAUUCUGUUGUCCAACUAGGGUUGGAACUUGGAAAAACUGAACUUGCAAAAUCUUUGGCAGCAUCAACAUGCUACGUUGGAUCAAUAAGGCUUUAUGUUGUAUGCUUUAGCAUUAAUAUUGGAUUCCAAGACAUUCUUUGCCGGUAAACUUCAAAAGGAUGCGAUCGCCUCUUUGAUUGCAAGAUCAAUUGGUGGGUAUUCCUAUUUAUGACGCAGCAGCGGAGACAAAUGAAAUGUUGUAUUGUUGGAGCCAAUUGACUGUAUUAUGUAACCAUUCUAUUCUUUGAAGGUUUAAUUUAUGUAACCAUUCAUUAGUUGGUAGUGUUUGUUUCCUUUUUUUUAGUUGUUUAACUAGAUAACGAUAUGCUCGAAUCACGGGCGAAUAAAAUGUAUAUAUGAUCACUGAAUAAUGGUAUUUGUUAUUUGUCAAAUGUAAUUGAUUUCCUGAAUUUUAAUAAUUUUCCAAUU